AUGAGCCAACACAAGGCUAUCGACGACGAUGCUCCUGCGCCAGCGGAUAGGCCAGCUGGGCCGGACAUCUCCGCUGGAUCGCAGCAUCUGCAUCGCAGGCUCGGAGGGAAAGAGAUCCAGCUGUUCGCUGUUGGCGGUGCUAUCGGGACGUCCCUCUAUGUGCAGAUGGGAGCGUCCCUGCCCAAGGGCGGGCCGGCUGGGUUGUUCCUGGGCUUCGUGCUUUAUGGCACGAUUGUGCUCGCGGUGAACCAGUGUUUCGCUGAGAUGGUCACCUACAUGCCCAUUGCGUCGCCGUUUGUCCGACUCGCUGGCUUCUGGGUUGACGAUGCGCUGAGCUUUGCGAUGGGGUGGAAUUACUUUUUUCUCAUGGGUAUGGCAUUUCUUCGUGCGUGA